CCAGUUGGCAUUAGUGAAUGCAGGCAAUGACAAGGGACCCAGCGACGCGGAGCCAUACAUGGUUUAUCCUGACGCAUUUCACUACCUUCAGGCCCAAGUUGGACCGGCGGGGCCCAGAGGCAUGCCGGGACCAUCAGGAUCUGCGGGUCCUCAAGGAUUUCAAGGUGUCAGGGGCGAGCCAGGAGAGCCUGGCCCUCCAGGAUCCCCUGGUAUCCCGGGUCCUAGGGGUCCCCUAGGAGUGCCAGGAAAAGAUGGAGAGCAAGGUGAGGAUGGCGAACAUGGAACGUCAGGAUCUGGAGGUCCUCCAGGGCCUAGGGGCCUUCCAGGCAUGCCAGGACUCUCAGGCAUUAUUAAAGGCCACCGUGGGUUUCCGGGUCUGGACGGGGCUAAGGGUGAACAGGGCCAACCAGGGGAGAAGGGAUCACUAGGGCCCUCGGGCCCCAUGGGGCCCAUCGGACCAGUGGGUCCCGUCGGGCCCAGAGGAGAAAGAGGAAGAGAAGGUCCUCCGGGUCCUCCAGGACUCAGGGGAAUCGACGGCAUCGCAGGAACUCCUGGAGCCCCGGGUGCGAUCGGUAAACCAGGAUCACCAGGAUUCCCUGGGUCUCCAGGAGCUAAAGGAGAUCAAGGAGCACAGGGUCCGAAGGGCAGUCAGGGUCUGCAAGGUCCUAGAGGUGAGUCUGGACGUCCAGGAAUAUCCGGUGAGUCAGGUCUACCAGGGCAACCCGGCAAGGAUGGAUACCCAGGAGAGAAGGGAAAUCCAGGGGCUAACGGCAUUCCAGGCCCUCCGGGCUUUCCAGGAGCUCGAGGACCCCCUGGACUCUCUGGCAGUGUCGGCCCUCAAGGUCCUAAAGGACAACAGGGUACGCCAGGAGAGAGGGGCUACAAGGGAGAACAUGGAAUGAAAGGAGAAGGAGGAGCACCAGGACCUCGAGGCUUGCCGGGCCUGCAAGGAGCUGAUGGCAAGAGAGGGAAGCGUGGCCAGGUAGGGCCCGCCGGACCGACUGGACCAGUGGGCGAGAGGGGGUCCACCGGGCCGAGGGGUCUCCCCGGGGCGGACGGUGCUGCUGGACCUAAAGGCCAAACAGGAGACAGAGGACCGGAAGGACCCCAGGGGACGAAAGGAGCCACAGGAGAUUCAGGCAGGCCUGGUCCUCCAGGACUUCAGGGUCUGAGAGGUCCAGUAGGACGUACAGGAGCACCGGGAAAAUCUGGAAAUCCAGGCGAGCGAGGAAUCCAGGGGGCAGAUGGAAAACCCGGCGAUCAAGGGAUCCAGGGACUCCAGGGACUUCCAGGACCCCUUGGACCACCAGGGGAAAAGGGCAUGCCGGGAGAACCAGGGAAGGAUGGUGAUCAAGGACCACAAGGAUCAGUGGGACCGCGAGGAGACCCUGGCAAAGACGGACCACCAGGCAUACAAGGACCUCCAGGACCACCAGGACUGGACGGGGAACGAGGAGCUGUCGGAUCGCCUGGACCAACUGGGUUUCAGGGACUACCAGGAAUAUCGGGAAACCCUGGAGCACCAGGGAAAGAUGGUGAGCCGGGAGUACAGGGUCCUCCAGGACAAUCGGGACCCGCAGGACUUCGAGGAGAAAGAGGAUUCCCGGGUGAGAGGGGAGCGGUUGGGCCCAUGGGACCGUCAGGACAGCGUGGGGAGCCUGGAGUUCAAGGCAGUGACGGCGCACCGGGACCUCCUGGGGUCAGAGGUGAAAAGGGACAUUCUGGAUCACUUGGACUUGUGGGCUUGCCCGGACUGAGGGGGAUGCCCGGCCCUCCAGGAGACAAAGGAGAUAGAGGAUCCGUUGGUCCAAUGGGACCGGAAGGCCCAGAAGGAAGACAAGGUGAAAGAGGACCUCCAGGUCCGUUGGGGUCUCAAGGACCUCCCGGAGAACCGGCUGAGAUAGGGGAUCCAGGACAACCGGGGCCGCCGGGAGAAAUUGGGAGUCCUGGGGAGCAGGGUCCACCAGGACUUGUGGGAUUGACCGGAGCUAAGGGAGCGAGAGGAGAGGUGGGGUCCCGGGGGGACCAGGGACUGAUGGGCCCACCUGGACGACCGGGCGAGCCGGGACAAGCGGGUCAAUCAGGACCAACAGGACCACCGGGACCAGCAGGUGUUCCUGGCAUCAAGGGAAUCCCAGGAGACUCUGGUCGACCUGGCAAUCCGGGGCCAAUGGGGCAACCGGGACCUCAGGGGUUGGACGGGAUCAAGGGAGAGCGAGGAGGCGAGGGCCCUCCUGGAGGACCAGGACCCCGCGGACCUCAAGGUUCUCCCGGUGAUAGAGGAUUACCAGGACUUCCUGGAUCUACAGGACCUCCCGGACUCAGCGGCCAACGGGGAGCUCCGGGAGAAACAGGACCUGCUGGUAAACCUGGAUCGGAUGGAGCUCCAGGACCACAAGGUGUUCAGGGCAACCCAGGACCUCCAGGACCUCUCGGCGAACAAGGUUCUGAAGGUCCCAGUGGGAAGAUGGGACCCCCAGGGAUAUCAGGUCGGCCUGGAGACAAGGGUCCUGUAGGAAUUCCUGGCAAUCCUGGACCACCUGGAGCACCUGGCCUUAUGGGUCCUCCAGGCUCUUGGGGUCCCCCAGGACCUGCUGGCGAGAGGGGUCAAAGAGGAGAAACAGGACCUCAAGGAGUCGAGGGUCCGAUUGGACAAAGAGGGAAGCCAGGACCUCCGGGACCGGAAGGGGCCAGGGGUGAGAGAGGGGAGGUUGGUGCCAAAGGAGUUAAGGGCCAUAGAGGCCUGAAUGGACUUCAGGGACUGCCCGGUCGGCAGGGACCUCCUGGAGACAAAGGAAUGACAGGACCUCCUGGAUUGCCUGGCAAGGAUGGAGAACCCAGUGUUAAGGGUACUCCUGGAAGACACGGAAAUCCUGGACCUCCGGGUGUAUCGGGACCGCAUAGACUUAGGGGACCGCAAGGAGAGCCGGGCAAGGAUGACCCCGGUAUCCCUGGACCACCAGGACCACCAGGACCGGCUGGGGAACCGCUGGGGUACGACGCCGCGGCUCCGGCAGCCCUUCUGGAACAGGGGACGAACAAAGGUCCGGAUCCACUCAGCGGGGAUGAACCACCGAGACUGUUUGGCAAUGAUGUCACAGAAGAAGAGCGACGUGCCCUCUUACAGAAGGCUUAUCAGCAACUGAAAGCAAGUUUUGAGAGAUUCAAGAAACCGGAUGGAUCUAAGAGUGCCCCAGCAAAGACUUGCAGAGACCUUUCAGUAGCCUAUCCCACCUUGGCCAAUGGUGAGUAUUGGCUGGAUCCUAAUGAAGGAGACAUCAAGGACGCCAUUCUGGUAUAUUGUGACAUGGAGAACAAACUAACCUGUCUUCUGCCGCAACCUGCUGCUAGUCCUCAGAUUUCCCAUGUCGGUAGAGAGCAAGAGCUGUGGCUAUCUGAGAUCAAACCUGGAUUUAAGAAUCAACUACAAGGCAGACAGCAAACCCAGAAGGAUAGGUUCCUGCAGUUGCUGUCUCUCCAGUGCUUCCCAGAAUUUGACGUACCACUGCCGUACAUCCUCCGUGGGCUACUUUGA